CCGGCCCGCCACCGGAAGCCCGCCCCCCGGGAGCCCCGCCCCGGGGCGUGGCCCGGCGCUGCCCCCGAGGCGGGCGGCGGGGCGCGGGCGCCGCGGCGGUCGGGGGUCACCAUGGGCAGCAAGAUGGCGGCUGCCACCAGGGUCGUUCAGGUAGUCAAGCCACAUACUCCCUUAAUUAAGUUCCCAGACAGAAAAAGUAUCCCCAAACCUAAAAUACAGGAAUCCCUACAAGCAAGUGUGCCAUCACACCAUGCUUCAAAAGCACAGGAGUCUGUAGGAGGCAGAUCAUCGGCCUUUCAAAAUAUUUCACCUGUUAGUAGGGUACAAGGUACACCAGACACUUCUGAAUUAGCAAGAACCUUACCUCAGAAAUACAGGAGGAAACUUAUGUCAGAGGAAGAAAUUGAAUACAUUCAACGCGGAGGUCCCGAAUAAGUACCAGAGAUCGUUUAUUCACCACUGUUGAAGAAUGAAGUAUUGUAUUCACAAUAAAAGCGUUUCGCUAACGUUAUAAAUGAUUAUAUAUUAAUAGCUUUAAUAACGACCCUGUAUGAAGGGUGGAAGGCUGCCACUUAAUACACUCUUGUGAUUGAGAGAGAUUUUCUUUUGAUGGCUAACUAGCAAUUGAAUAUACUUGAUGUCUACACCAUUAAAAUAUUUUUCUAAUUAGCCAUUCUACAAACUUGGCAAUAAAA